AAUGAGCAGACGCAAAAUAAAAAUGAUCAAAUUUUGUUGGAAUUUUGAUCCCAACGUGGAAUUAAAUGUUAAAUAUGAGACAUUUGGAUAAAUGGACUAGAUUUAAAAUAUUGCAAAAUUGUUUGUUCUCCUUUUGAAGUAAUUUUUGUAUAUUUUGAUUUCGGCAAAAAUUACUUACAAUAUGGGAGGAAGCUCUUCAGUAUUGAAUUGUAGCAAAAAGAGAAAAAAGGAUAAAUAUAAAAAGAAGAACCGUCCAAAGUCAAUAGAAGAGACGGUCGCAGAUCUACCUGAGAAAAAUAAGACCUUGCAGAAGGACAUAGAAGCGUAUGAAACCAAGGUUGAUGAUCUCAGGACUCAAGGUAGUGAAGUUACAAAGAGGGUCAACCCUCUAGACAGGGAACUUGUGGAAGAACAAAUCAAAAAGUACAAGUCAAUUUCUAAAAAGAAGAAGUCAAGGAAGCGAGAGAAGAAAUUUAGUGAUGUCAAAGCUAAAUCAGAGAGAGCCCAGAAAGGUUUUGAGGUAUUGGAGCUUGACCUGGAGGAAAUUCAGGGUAAAGUUGACCAGUAUAUGGCCUGGCUGAUAAAGAAAGAAGAACAAAUACAGUUAACCAGACCUCAGGGUUACCAGGUUGGCGAUGCUGAACAUAACAUGCAAUAUAUCAAUGGUUUAUGUUCAGAAUUAGAGAAUCGCCAGUUUACACUGGACAAUGUAAACAAGAAAGUAGAAUCAGUGUUACCUGAUUUGACACCUAAAGACCGUGAAGAGAUGGAGAACUCCAUGAAAUCAUUAAGUUCUGAACAUAAUCGUGUAUAUAGUGUAGCUGUAGAACAAAAACACCUGCUGACAGAGGCCCUGAAUGCCAGGGAGGUGUUCCAGGUGGGGUUAGAUAGGGUAAAUCAUUGGCUCGAGGACAGAGAAGAGAAAAUUACCAAACUAGAGAAACAUAAACUGAUGGCUGCUGAUGUAGACAAACAAAUGGAAAAAGCCAAGCCAACCAUGUUUGGUUAUAAGAGUUUAAUGUUAGAGAUAGAGAAGUAUGAGCCAAACAUAGAGCAGGUGGAGUCACGGGUACAAGCCUUGAAAUCAGAAUGUAACCCUGACCAAUGUACUGAACUUGAUGAGAAAGUUACAGAAGUUCAGCAAAAGUUUACAGAUCUACAGGAGCACAUGAAGAAUGUACAUGAUAAGUUGCAGACGGGUCUUGGUGCACGGAAGGUACAUGAAGGUGACCUUCAAAAACUUGAGCGCUGGUGUAAGGAGGCGGACAUGAAAUGCGCAGUACAACCACCACUAGACUGUGCCACAGAAAUCAAACAGGAACAAUACAAACAAUAUAAGACAUUGGAUACAAGUGCCCGCAUGUUUGAAUCUCUGCUACAUGAGAUAGAGGACAGAAUUCAGGGCUUCCUUCCUUUCCUCACAGAAGCAGACGCCACAACUAUGCAGCAGACGACAAAAGCUGCACAUGACAAAUUUACCACAUUAUCAAAGACUAUUAAGGAUAGAGUAACGUCCCUUGAUGAAGCUCUUCAGACCAGAGACCAGAUUGGUGAUGGUAUACAAGAGGCCAAUGAUUGGAUAGCUACUUUACAAGAUGAUUUGAGAAAGAUCACUCGUACAAUCGGGCCUACUGUAGAUGAUGCAGAAGAUGUCCUGAAAAAAUAUGAGGAUGUUGGAGAGAAACUGGCUAACUACCAGCCCACUAUAGCCCAGCUGAACCAAGCCGUAGAGAGACUCCGUAACCUAGGUCAGGUAACUGAAGCAGACGAAAUAUUACGUAUAACAUCACAGUAUGAAAUGCUCUGUGACCAAGUCAGUCAGCAGACUAAGAAAUGUCAGCAAGCAGUGUUGUCACGGCAACAACUUGAGGACCAGAUGAAAGAUGUAGACAACCUAGUGAAGGAGUGUGAAGACUCCACUGAUUCUGUUAUAGGUCUACAAGCACCUAUUCCAGCAAAGAUCGAAAAAUUAAAGGCUGUAUCUGCCAAACUUCAAUCAGCUGGUCCCAUGCUCUUUAAAAUGGGAGAUAGGGCACAACAGAUAGGAAUAGAGGGAACCAGCACGGAUGCACAGGCAGUGUCAAACAUGAUUGAUGACAUAAAGGCUCGGAUUGACGAGCUAAAGAAGAUUGCCGAUAGAAAAGCUAAACAGUGUGAAUCCAUCCAGAGAAAUAGGGAGGACUUUGAAGGUUUUGUUACAGAGACCAUGAAUUGGCUAGAUGCCAAAGAGGAAAUGCUAGCUUCUUGUUCAUCUCUUGACCUUGACCCUAAAAAGGUCAAAUCAUCUCUGCAGAAACAUCAGGAAAUGAAGGCGGAGUUUACAGAAAGGCUAUCAGAAAUAAGGAGUCGAGCAGAGACUCUGGCAAGAGAUGCGUUGGACAAACUUGACACGAUCAAGAUGAAAGCUGAAGUUGAGAAAACUCACUUUAAGAACAUGGAUGAACCUAUACCUGAUCAACUUACUGAGAAACUUGAGCAGAUUGAUAACCUGGAAGAUAGCAUUAAAGGUGCCAUUGCUAAAAAGGAGCAGUAUUUGGUGGAGGCAUCUGCUGACAGGAUGCAGUUAGAGGUAUCUAUGAAACAGAUUACUGACUGGAUACAAGGUGCCGAGGAACUUCUAGACUCGGGUUAUGAAGGACUUGACUAUGAUACACUUAAUGAUACCAUCAGUGAACAUAAGGACUAUUUCUCUGAGGCGAGCAUGUGUCAGGAUGAGAUGGAACAAGUGAUGGAGUUAUCCGAACGUCUGCUGCCUACAUUAGAUAUGAAUGACACAGAAACUUUGAGACAGUCCCUGAAAAAUACCAGUCAGAAACUAGCUAACAUCAUGGCCUCCUCACACAGACAACAAUCUAACAUGGAGAAGAAGGCUCAAGAAUGGAAUGAGUACCAGGAGGUUGUUAUGCAGGUGACCUCUGACCUACACAUGUUAGAAGAUGAGUGGGAGGCCCUGGACAAUGUUCCACUUAAUACACCUUCAAAUAUUAACAAACAUCUACAAGAGACGAAGCUCUUUAUUGAGAAAGCUGAGAGUCUUAGACCAGCUAUCGCAGACAUCAACGAUAGGUCACAUGACCUUGAUCGUGAGGCAACAGAGAAAAGUAAAUUGUUUAUUCACGGACUGCUGGCAGAAGUGAAUGAACGAUGGAAGAAUCUUGUAUCUAAAACAGAGGCAAAACAAAUGUCUUUACAGGAUCUUGAAGCCCAUUAUGAAGACUACACAACAUUACUGGGAACAGUUGACCAGAUUCUAGAUCAAGCUGAGGCCAAAUUGCCCACACCAGUUGAUCUUGACACUGUGAAAUGUCCAGAACUGGUGGCCCAGUUAAACCAGACACAGGAGUUAUUAGAGUUACUAGAAGUAGCUGAACCAAAGAUUACAGCAUUAAAGAAGUGUGCACACCAACUUCAGAAAAAUCUGCCCACUGCUGAGGCCAAAGUACAGUCACAGGAUAUCGUUAUGGCAAUGCUGGAAAAAUAUGAACGGAUUGGGGAUAGUGCUAAUGAGCACAGACAGUUACUACAGGAAGAGGUUGAUGAUAGAGAAGGAUUUAACACAGAAGCCAAACAAACUGUAGAGUGGCUGACAGAAACCAAGGUAGAACUGGCACAGUUAGCUCCAUGUAUGGAAGAACCUAUUGCAAUGGAGAAGAUAGAAAAACUUAAGUUAUCAGAACAAGAGAUUGCUAUACGUAUGGAACAGAUGCGUCACAUGGCUCAGCUUCAUGAGACAAAGUUCAGGUCACAAGGUCGAUCAGUUCCCCAUGAGCUCCAGGAACAAUAUUCCAUCAUGGCUGCCUUAGAACAGGAAGUUAAUGCUACCAUGGCAAUCAAAGAAGAGGAGAUUUUACACUUGAAGGAAGACCGCAAGGCUUACAGCACAGAAUUACGACUGGUGACCACAUGGCUGUCACAAGCCCAGGAACAACUACAAGACAGAGUCAUAGACAUUCCUGAAGCUAUUUAUAGACAUGAGGAGUUGCUUGGAGAGUUUGAUCCAUUCAAGAAGAAGUUAGAUACCCUCCGCACCAAAGGUAGUGACCUCAUCAAACACAGUUCAGACCCUGUAGAGAAACAGACCAUACAAAAAGCUCUAGCCGACACCAACAGAUCCUGGUCUACGGUACAAACAAAGGCGGGGGAAAAGACGAGACAACUGAAAGAGGCUGAUCAGCUUGCUAAAAGUUUUACAGAGACAGCAGAAGCUAUAGAGAGAUGGUUAGAACAGUCAGAAGAACAGAUAACUGUAGAACCAACCUGGGUAGACUUUGACAAAGUCAGGGACCAACUUAAAUCUAGCAAGAAGCUUUUGAAGGAGUCGGAGCAGCAGCAGAAGAGACUUGGUCAUCUGAAUGCUUUAGUGAAACAAAUGGAGCCUCUGUGUGACACAGUUCCUCAGAUGGAGAAGCUUGCUGAUCUGAGUCAUAAAACGUUUGAUGUAAGGGCAAAAACUACAGACAAGGUGAAUGACCUGGAAGAUGUCAAUGAACAGAUAGAAGAGUAUGAAAUAGAACUGGCAGAUAUUAAACAAUGGAUGGAGAAAACAAGAGCCCAUCUUACAAUGAGAGAUGAUACAUUGACACUAAAAGAUCAGCUUCACAUGCAAGAGAAUCUCAUUAGUGACAUAGAGGGUCAUAAAGGGAAAGCACUCUAUGUGUUAGAAAAGCAUGCCGAGCUACAUGCCGCUGUAGGAGAAGAAUCUCGACUUCACAACACUAAUCUUGCUGCCGAGAUAAACACACUCCUUGACCAGGCUCGCACUGAUCGUGAUGAAUUACGGGAAGCUGUAGAUCAGCAAGAUCGUUACGAGGCUGAAUUACGAUCACUCUCAUCAUCAAUCAACGAAUCACAGGAAAGACUUCUUGGGUCUCCAAUUCUGGCCAGCAGUGUUGAUGAUUUAAAGGCACAGAUAACAGAACGCAAUGAUUUAUCACGGAGUGUUCCAAGCUUGCUAGAUCCGCAUCUCCAAGGGUUACGGGAUCGCAGUUCAUCUUUUGGGUCAAGGUCACGCCUUGGAGGUUCAGGGUCAUUGCUAGGGUCACAUAGUGCAUCUCGCAGCUCUAAGUUUGAUGACCUUAGCUCUUCAUGGCAAAAUUUACAAAAGCAGCUUGGUACGAAGGAGCGUGAGCUUCAGCUAGCCAUACAGAAACAAGAACGGUACCAGUCUACUGUACAGGAUGUAACUGCACGUAUGGAACGUGUUCAACAAAAACUCGCCAGUCUUGGGACGUCUCCGUUCAAAAAUCUCGAUCAACAAAUUAAAGAUCAAAAGGAGGCUGAACAAGAAAUAGAAUGUAUCAGAGAGGAUAUAGCCCGAGUGAAGGAGCGAGGACGACAGAUAAUGGAGUCUGCAGACCCGGAGGGUUAUCAAGCCAUGCAGGCAACACUAGCCAUGUUAACAGACAAGAUUGAUAAUCUACAGGCAAUGGCUGAUGACAAAGCUAAAACACUACAGAAUGCCAUGAAGGGAAAAGAAAGGCAUAAGGUAGCACUAGGUGCCUACAAGAAGCAUGUUAAGGAGCUUGAAGAAUGGAUGGAUGAGAUGAAAGUACGACAAGCAGCCACACCCCUAGCAACAGACACUGUUGGAACUCUACAACAACAACUUCAAGAAAACAAAGAUCUUCAGAAUGAGUUGAACCGUCGUCUGCAGCAUGUAGCUGACCUUGCCAUUCAGUGUGACAAUCUGUGUGAACUAGAGGCUCCUGAAGAUGCAGACAAACUCCGCACACAACUUGCCACCUUACAACAAAACCUCGGAAAUCUCAAACUAGGUGCUAUAGAAAAACAAGCUCCUCUACGUACUGCCAUCAAAGAGAGUGAGAAAAGAACAAGAGAAAUGGAUGAUUAUGAGAAGAAUGUAAAGAAUUUACAGAAAUGGAUCACAGAUACAAAGUCACUGGCUCAAGCUCCUCUUGUUGCAGAAGAUGUUUCUAUGGUUGCCAUGACACCACAUCAAAAACAGGAACUUCAACAUCAACUACAAAGUGAUUUAACUCAACAUAGGGACUUAGUUCAUCAGUUAAGCACAGAAAUGAAGGCUAGAGAUCAUCAAAGGCCAUCAAGGGAGACUACCAUGUUCACUCCAAUGAGUGAAGAGGCCUUACAACCAAGAUGGGAGGCUCUAUCUAGAGAAUUGGCAGAGAAAAGAGAAAAUCUUGAAGAUCUUAUUAGAAAAACAGAUGAUCUGAUUGGACCAAAGAAGUAUGGCCGUAGAACCUAUGGUGGAGAUCCAUCACCGAAACUGACUGAUGUGCGGCGCCACCUAGGUGCACUUAAUGACCUCUGGAAACAGUUACAGGUUCAAGUAGAUGAUAAGCAGAUACGUCUAGACAAGGUUCUAGAGUUCCAGCAACGGUACCAGGAUGCUCUACAUAAAGUGUCCAGUUGGUUAGAUCUCGCUGAACAAAAACUGUUUGCUCCUGACACAACCAUGAACUCAGAGGAAAAAGUUAAAGAAAAUGAGGACAUACAAAGAGAAAUUCGCUCACUGCAAGGUGAAAUUCAGUCAAUGGGACGUGCUGCGCAAGAACUUCUUUCUGUAACCAAUGCCGACAGUCAUGAUCUGAUUCGACAAAGUCUUGCAAACCUUAACAACCGGGUUCAAACCUUGGAAGGACAGGCUAGGGAGCAGGGAGAUAAACUUCGGGCAGUCGAUAGAAACUACAAAUCUUACAAGGACGAGGUACAGAACCUGGAAACUAAGAUGAUGGAGACACGAGAUAUGAUGGCAAGUCCAACACACAGUGCUCCUAUAUCCCAUCAGAUGGAUAAAAUACAGGAUGCAAUUGGCUAUGAGCAGAAAAUUGAGGGUCAGAUGAAGAAAUGUGAGACACAGCUGGAAGGUGUCAAAAAGCGACAGUCAGAGUUGUCCUCCUUGGACCCUGAGAUUAUCUCCCCUUAUGAAAUGGAAUCUUUACAGUCCAAUUUUAUGGACCUUCAGAGAAAGGUAAUGGAGAAGAAAGCAACAUUACAAGAGUCUGUGUCAGUACAGGAGCAGUAUGAAAAGCUUCUACAAGACUAUGCUGACUUCCUGGAAACAGCAGACGACAAAUUGAAAACAGAACAAAUCUCAGCACGAGAUCUAGAUCAUCUCAAACAACAACUCAUUGCUCAUAAAGAUUUCUUCAGUGACCUUGAAGUUCACCGUGCAAUGUUAGAUUCCCUUGUUGCUCAAUGUGACAAGGCAACUAAACAGAAACAUCUUCCACAACAUACCAGACUUAGUAAUCUGACAUAUGUCCUACAAGACAAAGCUAGUCUCCAUGGGCAACGACUUGACCGUCUCUGCAGACAAUGGGCAGAGAUGGAAGAAAAAUUCAACAUAUUACAACGUUUCUUACAUGAUAUAGAGACUCAGAUACCUAAACCAAUAGCAAAUGAGGACACAUUACAGACAAUACAAAAUAAGAUAACAACUUAUCAGAGAUUACAGAGAGAGUUAAGUGAAGAAAAACCAUCAGUAUUUCAAGUGGUUGAUAAAGGGAAACAACUCUUACAUAGUGUAAAUUGUCCCGCCCUUGAAAUGCUAGUCACAGAUGUUGCUGAAAAAUGGGUGGAUCUGAAUACAGAGUUGUCACAUGAAUUGAAAAGAUCUCAGUCUCUGGGUGAACAACUUCAUGUAUUUGAAGCUGAGGCAGCUAUACUGAAAUCUUGGCUUACAGCAGCUAGAUCAAAACUAAACAGUAUUAAACAACUUUCCUCUAGUGACCUCAAGAGCAUAGCAACAGUGAGAGGAAAAAUAGACAAAAUAUUGGAAUUUAGAAAAGAAGUUGAAAACCAGCUUCCAUUAAAGGAGAAAGUUUUGUCCAUUGGUAAUCAGUUAGAACAGAGUCAGGUAUAUCAGACAUCAGAUCUGGAGGACAGGAUGAAAUACCUGCAGCACGAGUGGGCUCAUCUAGAACAUGACAUUAACAACAGUGAGGAAUAUCUACACCAGGCACAGAUGGAUCUAAUGCCAUCAAGACAAGCUCUAGGUGAACUUAAUGCCUGGCUUACAGAGAUAGAGGAGACCCUACAGGAAGAGAAAAAUAAACCAAUGAAAAAUCUGGCUGAUAUGGAAGUACUUCUUAAAAAGUAUAAGUCCUACAAGAUUGACCUGUCAAGUAAACAGUUAACAGUUGACUUUGUGAAUCAAGAUGUUCUACAACCUAAAGAUGAGCUUGAAGGUCCACCACCAGCUGAAAGAAAUGAGUUUUCAGAGCGUCUAGGGAUGCUUAAUGGACGCUGGAAAGAUGUCAGCAAACAUGUCUCUGAUCGGCUCAAAUCUCUUGAAGCUAUACAUAACCAAUGGGAUGAGUUUGAGAAGGCUGUUGCCCGAUUUAUUGGCUGGUUCCAUGAGCAGGAAGAUAAGUUGAAGAAGUAUCGUCUGAUUGGUCAUGAAGUUAGUGUACGUCAGACUCUGAAAGAUGUGAAGGCAUUGCAGACCACACUGAAAGCAAAGCAAAUAGAGAUGAACCAGAUAAAGGAGUUAGGUGAGGUGUUAAAGUUCAGCUGA